GUGAGUGAUAGUCGCGCAUCGAGAGAGAACAGAAGAUCGGGCGACCAGCAACAGAUCGUUAGGCAAGGAGGCCUCAACAACAAGAACGAUUUACAGAGCGCAUCAAAAUCAGAAAAAGAGAAACAUUAAGCAGCAACAACGAUACGGUGCGAUUAAAAAUGAGCAGCGACGCAGAGGAGAAAGAUGCGAAGCAGAAUAAACCCAAUGGCUGUGAGCGUGCCUUCAUUGAGUACAACAAGAUCAAAUGGUUUUGGGCACCGGCAUUUUUCGGCUUCUGGCUGCUGCUGUACGUGGCCAUCUCCAUUCCGGCCUGCCAUCACCUGCCACGCCCGCUGACCAUCAAGGAUGAAGCCAAGUAUCCGGAUCGCUUCAUUGCCGAGCGGGCUGAGCUCAAUUUGCAGGCUCUGGUGGCGCUGGGACCCCGCGUCGUGGGCAGCAAGGAGAACGAGAUGGGGGCCGUGAAGGUGCUGUCCGGCAGCGUGCAAAAAAUCCGUUCGGGACUGGGCUCAGCAAACGACAUCGAGGUGGAUGUGCAGGUGGCCUCCGGCAGCUACGUGCACUGGUCGAUGAUUAACAUGUACCAGAGCAUCCAGAACAUUGUGGUCAAGGUCAGUCCCAAGGGAACGAACAGCACCACCUAUCUGCUGGUCAACAGCCACUACGAUUCGGUGCCGGGUGGCCCUGGCGCCGGCGACGACGGCUCCAUGGUAGCCACUAUGAUGGAGACCCUGAGAGUGUUGGCCCAGUCCAAGCAGGCCCUUAAGCACCCUGUCGUUUUUCUGUUCAACGGAGCCGAGGAGAAUCCCCUCCAGGCCUCACACGCCUUCAUCACCCAGCACAAGUGGGCCAAGUACUGCAAGGCUCUCAUCAAUCUGGACUCUGCCGGCAACGGAGGUCGGGAGAUCCUCUUCCAGUCGGGACCCAACCAUCCCUGGCUGAUGAAGAGCUACCGUCGCGCCAUCAAGCAUCCGUACGCCUCCACCAUGGCCGAGGAGAUGUUCCAGAACAACUUUAUACCCUCUGACACGGACUUCCGCAUCUUCCGCGACCACGGCUCAGUGCCCGGCCUCGAUAUGGCUUAUCAGUACAACGGCUAUGUCUACCACACCCGCUUUGACCGCGCGGAGAUCUUCCCCCGCGGCAGCUUCCAGAAUACCGGAGAUAACCUACUGGCACUGGUGCGGGAGAUUGCCAACUCCCAGGAGCUGGAGGAUACGUCGAAACACGCCGAGGGUCACACCGUCUACUUCGAUGUUAUGGGCUGGUUCCUGGUCUUCUACACCGAGACGGAGGGCAUCAUUUUGAACGUGAUUGUGUCGCUGGUGGCUAUCGGUACCUGUGCCUAUGCCUUCAAGCUGAUGGCCUCCAACUCGGGCCUUAAGCUGGAGAAGAUCCUCAAGCGGGUGCUGCACACCUUCGUGGUGCAGCUCUUUGCGCUGAUGGUCGCCGUCGCACUGACCAUAUUCCUUGGCUGGUUCAUGGAUCUGGUGCACUUGCCGAUGUCCUGGUUCACGCACUCUUGGCUCAUCCUCGGCCUCUACUUCUCCACCUUCAUCUUUGGCCUGGCCAUAGUGCCGGCCCUGUACUUCCACUACACCAAGGAAGAUAAACUGCAGAUUGGACAGCGCGUCCAGAUGCUGCUGCACUGUCAUUGCCUCUUCCUGGCCAUCUCCACCCUGGUGCUAACCAUCUGCGGUGUGCGAUCCGUUUUCGUCCUGAUGCUGUCCUGUUUGUUCUACACGAUGGCUCUCAUCAUUAAUCUGGCCACCAACCUGCACAGCAAAGAUGUGGCCUGGGUGAUUCCACACAUCAUAUGCGGAGUGCCGCCAUUUGUGUUCUUUGCCUACUUCUCGCACGGUUUCUUCCUCACCUUCAUUCCCAUGUUCGGCCGCUUCGGCGAGAAUGUAAACCCGGACCUGGUGGUGGCCGUCUUCAGCAUUGCCGUGGGUCUCCUCACCUGCGGCUUCAUUGUGCCCGUACUGCAUCUGUUCCGCAAGUCAAAGACUAUUAUUUGCGCGCUGCUGGCCAUCACCUUAAUUUGCGUGAUCAUUGCCAUAACGCCGAUGGGAUUCCCCUACCGACCGGAGACAAGUGUUCAGCGAUUCUCUGUGCUGCACGCCAAGCGCACCUUCCAUGAUGCCGAUAAUAAAGUGCGCCGCCAGGAAACGGGCUACUUCAUCAUGCCCCAGGACAGACGUACCUACUCCGUCAAACAUGAUGUCAUUAACAUGACACUGGCCAGAAAAAUCGGCGACGAUUGCCAGAAGGAGAUGAUGUGUGGUCUGCCCUUGUACAACCAGCGUUGGCACAAGACCAGACAGAACACCUUGUGGAUACCUGCCUCCGAACCAUUGCUGGGAAGUGUGCCGGCCGUUAAAGUGAUUAGCAAGAAGCAGGUGUCUCCCAACAAGAUCCGCUAUGACCUCCAGUUGAGCGGACCCGAUCAUAUGGCUCUGUUUAUUCAGCCCUUGAACGGAGCUAUCAUGAAGAACUGGUCCUUCCAUCAGGCUCCACUGCGACUAAACUUCCAGCCUCCUUACUUUAUCUACUUCUCGUGGGGCGUCAAUGGAGAUCCCCUCAACUUCUGGCUGGAGCUUGAGAAACCCGAGGGAAACUUUAAAACGCCCAACUUUGAGCUGGGUCUGGGCGGUCAUUGGACCCAUCACAAGGAAAUGUUAACGCCGGACUUUAAAAAGUUCCUCGACAGUUUCCCCAAGUAUGUGGAUGCCACCCCUUGGCCGGCAUCCUACGAGACCUGGAUCUACUAAAAAGAUCUGCCAUUAAUUGUGUAAAAUAAAUGUACUUUUAAUUAAA